AUGUUAUCACUACCGCAGGAGCAAGCCGACCAAUCAGGUCACGCGAAAGGCCAUCGCAGAACUCGCUCCGCAGCAGAUUCCGCGUUCUUCGGGAGCCUCAAUUCCGCCAGUGCGCUCCGCUCCUCUGGUGCGCGCGAGGGGCCGCGGAACAGCGAUGAUGGCGCGGGGAGCAGCGGAAGCGAGAUGGCCGUGCGCAGCCGGAGGCAUGCCCUUUCGACACUGUCCGCGCGGGAGCGCGAGGCUCCUGGCGGUCGAGAAACAGACGCGCAGCGGCGGCGCAGUCACGAACACCAGCCGCCGUCGAGAAUGACCGUCGCCGGCUCGAGGGACGGCGCACACGAGGGUUCAGGCGCAUCCCGUCCCGGCGGGGGGGCUGCUUCGGUAUCGGAUGGAUUUGCUUCCUCGGGGGGAAGGGCUGCAGGGUUGGGUUUAAGUGCAGCAGGCGUACGAACAGCAGGUAUGGACUCAGGAGCCCCAUGCAUGUCACGAGCGGGAACUGCGCCGGUAGGGGGAGCGCAUUCGCUGGAGCGGAAGAAAGGGCCCGUUGCGGCGCCCCAUUUGCGGCCUGACCGCCGGCGCACUAUGAGCUGGGACGGCAGCAAUGACCCUCUGGCUGCCGGCCGGCUAGACCCGUCUGUCUUGGCUGGAGCGGUGGUGUACGACCGAGCAGCGUCCCCGGUGGCGGGAGCAGGCCCGCAUCCGGGCAGAGAGCCGCGCCCGUCCUCCAGCGGGGCUGGCUCGUUAGCAGCACGCAGACAGCGCAGACUGUCCCCGUUACAAGCCUCAGGGCAGCUCACGGGUCCGCUUGUCAAUCCUGAAGCCGUGGCCUCCCCGCAGCUGCCACCGCGCGCAGGCGGGGGGACGUCAGGGGCGGGAGGAGUUAGGGUUUCCGCGCGGGAAGGGGCGGGCGGUGGACUGUGGUCGCCGCAGGAGCAGGCAAGCGGGGGCCAUGGCAGGGGGGGCAGUGGCGGGGCGGCGGCAGGGGCGGCGGGAGCAGCUGAAAUGCUGGCAGGAGCUGGAAUUCCUAGGGGAUCGUCGAUAACUGCGAGCUCACCUAGGCACAGGCUCUCUAGAGGAAGCAGUGGGGGCAGUAGCACAGGCGCCGCCCUCCCCCCCCUGUCCCCUCAGGUUCAGCAGGUGAUGCAGCAACAGCACGGACAUGCAGGGCAGCAGCAGGGAUCGCAGGUACCUCCGCCUCAUGCAAUGACAACCGUUGAUGGGAUGGUUGAGGCGAUGGAUCGAGGGACAGCAGAGCAGCGGGUGGAAGCGGUGGUGCAGCUGAGAGCAGCAGUGAAGGAGAGCUGUGAGAACAGGCAGCGGCUGCUGGAGCGAGAAGACGGGGUGCCCAUCCUUCUCGACUUUCUCGAUGAGGCCGUUGCUGCUCUGGGCGGAGGGGGAGGGAGGGCGGCAGGGCGGGAGGGGCGGGGGCGGGGAGUGAUGGAUCCUGCGCUGGUGGUGGACUGUGCAGUGGCCGUGGUGCUGCAGCUGUGCCAGUCACGCGAUGGCGCAGCCGAGUUCAUCGAUGUGGGUGGCGUGCCGUCCCUUGUGGAUGUGCUCUCUCACACCGGGCCAGCCGGCACGGCAGGAGCGGGGGCAGGAGCAGGAGCGUCAGCAGGGGGGACGUCAGGCAUUUCGAGCAUGGUGAAGGGGAAUGCAGCCGCGGCGCUGUUUGCGCUUUCCUCGUGGGACGACGUGAUGGACGAAUCUGCGAAUGCCAGCAGGAAUGGGAACGGUGCUGGCCCGAGUAGGAACAUUCACAAGACUAAGAUCCAAGCUGCAGGAGCCAUCCCCUCGCUUGUCCGCUUGCUCACGAAUGAGACCGCAAGGUGCAGAAAAGACGCAGGGCUUGCCCUCUUCUCCCUCUCGCAGGACCUGUCGUGUGCGAAUGAGAUCGUGAGGGAAGGCGCUGUGAGCAUUCUAGUGGAUCUUCUGGGGGAUAAGAGGCCAGGGGUUGAGGAGAAAGCCAUGGCUGUGCUGGCCAAUCUUGCGAGGACACGUGGCGGGCAAGAGGCGCUGUUGGCAGUGGAAGGGACCCUUGUGAUAUCGGAUGUGCUGGAGAGUGAGUCUGAGAGGGCGCGGGAGGAGGCGCUGUGGACGCUGCACCAUCUGGUUACCACAGGGGUUGUGGCGCCUGCGGUGCUGCUGAAUGAUGGGGCGCUGUUUCCGAUUGCGAAGCUGGCUUGCAAGAAAGGGGCUCUUGCAGAGGCCAAGGAGCUGCACCGGAUCUUGAUGACUGCAAGAAAAGGGGGCAGCGACUCGCUGACUCAAUCCAACUCCCAGCGCAAUCUCAGCAAGGCGCGGCGGCAAAAAGGCGGAGAGGCGGAGUCGUCCUCUCCGGGGGGAGCGCAAGCGGCGGAGGCACAUCCGGGAGCAGGAGCAGAGCCCGCGUCGUGGGACGGGCGGCGGGAGCGGGAGCCGCUGGAAGCGGCGCAACGAUCGCCGCAGGCGUUGCAGCAGUCGCUGGCGUCGCCCGCGCAACUUUCCCCGAAGCCGAUGGGCGCGGGGGUGCAGCAGGGGGAGGUGCAGGGGGGAGCGCGCGAGGAGCAGCAACAGCGGCAGCAGCAGCAGUUUGCGCAGCGACCGCAAGCGCAGCCGUCGCCGCCUCCGCAGCAGCAGGCGCCGUUCUCUCAGCCGCUCAUGCAGGCUCCCCAUUGGACGGGCGGAGGCUUCGCCGCGUCCGCCACAGGGCGGAGAAGCGGGGAGCGGGGCAGAGCGCAGGAGGGCAUGGGCGGAGCGGGCCCGGGGGGAACGAGCCCAAUGGGGGGGGUUAACGUGAGCGCAUUGGUUGGGGGGGCGAUGAUUGGGGCAGUCGGGGGAGCAACGCCGCCCAGGGACGCGCGGGUGCCUGCCGCGGGCGCGGGGGGAGCGCAGGCGAAGGCGCAGCAGGACGACGGCAUGGGGCGAGGCGCGUACCCCGCCUCCCGCGACUACUACCCCUCGCAGGGCGUCCCCACGCCGCACGGCACAGCCUCGGGCGCAGCUUCGGAACCCUGGCGCCAAGCCAGCGAGGCAGGCUCGGCGGUACGGCCGUGGGAGGUGCUGGGGGGGAUGAAGGAGGAGGAGUGGGCGGCGUUCAAGGGGUGGGUGGAGUCCACGUGGCGCUGCCGCCGCUGUGGCAGCCCCAGGGACGAUUUCACCGACCACCCUGUAGCCAUGGCCCUGCUGCAGCGCUGCGGUAUCAGCCCCCCCAGCAGCGCCGGCCAACCCGCCUCCUCCCCUCUCCACUCUGACGGCAGUGGAAGGUUCUCCGCACCUUCCUGGCAGCGGCAGCAGGGGGUGGGGGGCGGGGGCGGAGGGGAUGUGCAGAGGGGGGCGGUGGAUGCGCGCAGUCAUGGGGGCGGGUCCCCCCUGAACCCCUCCUCCAAGCGCCACUCCUUUGACGCCUCCCCUCUUGCCUCCACCACCACCACCAGCACCUUCACCGCCGGGCUAGGUCCGGACGCGUGCCCGCACCUGCGAGGCAGCAGCGGGGACGGGGAGGGCAGUGGGGAGAACAGCGGUAGGCUCGCCCCAGGCGGGGACUACCAGGGGCAGGGGAACAGAAACUUCGACGAAAGCGCCCUGCAGGAGGUGCGGGCGCGGCUGGAAAUGGGGGGGGUGGGCGGAGGGGGAGGGGGGGGAAGAGGCGGGGGCGGGCUGGCGCGGACGAUGAGCAACACGGAGGUGCUGCAGAGGAAGCUGCUGGCGGCCAUCACGCGCGCGCACCAGGUGUAUUUCAUCGACAAGGAGCCGAACGGCAGCCUGGUGUUUGACUACCUGCUGUCCGCACUGCUGGAGGUGACCGAGUCCAUGUUCGGGUUCAUCUCGUCCGCGCUGCUCAAGGCCGAUGGCACGCCCUACCUCAAGGUGUGUGUGCUGGCAUGCCGUGCCUCAAGGUCUGGCUGGGUGGUGUGUGUGUGCUGGGCUGGUGUGGGGUGUGCGUGCCUCGCCUGCAUGCUGUCCGCACUGCUGGAGGUUACCGAGUCCAUGUUUGGGUUCAUCUCCUCCGCUCUGCUCAAGGCCGACGGCACACCCAACCUCAAGACCCAUGCAAUGACGAACGUGGCGUGGAGCAAGGAGCUGAGGGCGUGGUACGCGGCCAACAGCCACAAGGGGCUCGUCUUCACCAACCUCAACACCCUCCACGGCACCGUGGUGCUCACAGGGCAACAGGUGCUCACUAACGAUGCUCGCAACGACCCCAGGUCGAGAGGAGUCCCUCCAGGCCACCCCCCGAUCGACAAGUUCAUGGGCAUCCCCCUCUACACCGGCACCGAGCUCAUCGGCGUCUUUGCCGUGGCCAACCGGGCGGCGGGGUACGAUGAGCAGCUGGUGAAGGAGAUUGAGCCGCUCACCAUGACCAUUGCCCAGAUGAUCUAUGCUGUGAAUGAGCGGAAGAGGCGCAAGGAGGCGGAGCUGCACUUGUCGAGUGUUGUGCAGGUUGCGAAGGAGGGCAUAAUGUCCCUGGCGCACAGCGGGCAUGUGACCUCCAUGAACCUGUCAGCGCGCCAGAUGUUUGGCUUUGCACAGCCGGGGGACGCGCCCCUGCCGGGCAGCAUGCGCGAGGGCGUGGCGGCGCCCGCCAACCUGCAGCUCAAGGACCUGCUCGUGGAGAUUGAUGGCCACCGCGACAUGCUCACGGCUGGGGGGCUGGACCACGCGUCAGGGCAGGUGCACAAGGGCACGGGGUUCCGCACGGACGGCAGCACGUUCCCCCUCGAGAUCUCCCUCUCCAAGGGCAACUACGACACCGUCUUCUAUGUCGCCGUGCUCAGAGACAUCUCAGAACGGCUCGAGGCGGAGAAGAAGCUCAAGGAGAGCGAGGAGCGGUGGCUGUAUGCGCUGUCGGGCAGUGAUGACGGAGUGUGGGACUGGAACGUGCGCGACAACACCAUGUUCUUCUCUGAUCGCUGGAAGCAGAUGCUCGGCUACGAGCCUGGCGACAUUGGGUCAACGCUAGACGACUGGGAGCGGCUGCUCCACCCGGAGGACAAGGACCGCGCGUAUGCAGACCUCAAGGAGCACCUGGACGGCGUGACGGCGCAGUUUGUGAACGAGCAGCGCCUGCGGUGCAAGGACGGGUCGUGGCGCUGGUUCCUGCACCGCGGCAAGCUGCUCUCCAAGACGGACGAUGGCGAACCGCUGCGUUUCGUGGGCACGCACACUGACAUCACUGACCGCAAGGUGGCGGAGCAGGCGAUGAUGGACGCUAAGGACGAGGCUGAGAGGGUGUCGCGCGCCAAAGCAGAUUUCCUGGCCACAAUGAGCCAUGAGAUCCGCACCCCCAUGAACGGCGUCGUGGGAAUGACGGCCCUCCUGCUCGACACCCACUUGACCCCCGAGCAACGGGACCGCGUGCUCACCAUCAGAGACUCGGGCGACAUGCUGCUGCAGAUCAUCAACGACAUCCUCGACUACUCCAAGAUCGAGUCCGGCAAGCUGGACAUGGAGCAGACGCUCUUCAACGUCGUGCAGGCGGUAGAGCGCGUGGCGGAGCUGCUCAUCCACAACGCCGAGUCCAAGGGGCUCGACAUCGUGAUCGAGAUCGAGCCGGAGACGCCCGUGUUCCUGGUGGGGGACGCCGGGCGCACGCUGCAGGUGCUGAUUAAUCUCGUGUCGAACGCUAUUAAGUUUACGGAGAAGGGGUAUGUGAAGUUCCGGUUGGAGGCGGAGAUUGGCGCGCCGUGCCUGCUGCAACUCCCCUCCUCCACCUCCACCUCUUCCGCUGCCGCUGCUGCUGCUUCUGGUUCCGCUGCAGCUCGUGGUGCGGCUGGGUCGCCUUUCAGGGACUCUCCUAAUGCCAGUGGCACUAACAGUCCUGCACAUGGGGCAUCGGGGAGCAUAGGAGCCGCCAUGCUGGCCGCGCAGCAGGAGGCGAGGGCCGCACGGGCACGGGCGCAGGAGGCGGCAGCGGCACAGGAGGCGGGCGUGCUGUACUGGGUGUGCCACGUCAGCGACACGGGGAUUGGCAUUCCCAAGGAGCGCAUCGGCCGCCUCUUCACCAAGUUCUCCCAGGUGGACGCCUCAACAACGAGAAGGUUCGGAGGAACAGGGCUCGGGCUGGCAAUCUCAAAGCAGCUGGUGGAGCUGAUGGGCGGCCGCAUAUCAGUGCACAGCGAGUUCCGCCGCGGCUCCACCUUCACCGUGCGCCUGCCCGUCAACACCCACCACCCCGCCUACGCCGCCGUCGCCGCUCUCAACCCGCCGCUCCCCACGCCCUCCACGCCCUCCGCCCACUCCGGCCACUCGGCUUCUGUGCUCUCCCCCGAGUCGCCUGCUGCGGCCGGCACAUCUUCCUAUGCGUCGUCGGGUCCGCUGCCCGUGCCGCUGGUUGUGCCGCCUGAGUUCCAAUCCAUCCGCGUGCUGCUCGUGAGCCCGCUCGAGGUGACAGUGUGUGCAAUGCAGAAGCAGCUGGAGGCAUGGAAGGUGCCGCACGCGUGCCUCACCUGCACGCCAGAAGAGGCCUUCCUCAAGAGGCUCCCUGCCGGCUCUCUGCCGCCCGCGCCGCCCCUGCCAGCCGGCCAACCGGCGCCCGCCACGUGGCGCGACGGGUCGGCGCGCAAGGGGCUGGCGGAGGACUAUGAUUUGAUUGUGAUUGACUGCUCUAACAAGCCGCAGCUCAUCGACCCCAUGUCGUCUGCGGUGUUGGAGCUGUUGGGGAGGGAGCGCGUGGGGGUGGUGGUGCUGCUGAAGCGGUCGCAGGUGACGGAGAGGACAGAGGGCGAGCUCAAGGCCGUGCGCUACUGGCGCGACCGCUGCCCCGCCAUGCUCAAUAAGCCCAUGGUGCGCCCCAAGGCACUGCUGGAGGCGAUGGAAUCGGCCAUGCAGAGCACCCCCGGCGGCGAGGGCCUGUUCCUGUCGUCGGGGCGGCGCAGGCAGCAGCCGCGGCCCGCUGCGAGGAGCAUGGGGCCGAAGCUGAGUGGCCGCAUCCUGCUGGCUGAAGACAACCUGAUAAACCAGAAGGUGGCAAAGUCGAUGCUGGCACAGCUGGGCGUGACCAUAGACAUUGCCAACAAUGGCGUGGAGGCUGUCAGCCUCUUCCAGAAGAACAAAUACAACCUCAUCCUCAUGGACUGCCAGGUCCGCAACCUCAUCACCACGGACUGCCAGAUGCCGGAGAUGGACGGGUGGGCAGCCAGUCGCAGGAUCAGGGAGCUGGAGGCACAGCAGGCACAGCCAUCCGUCACCAUUGUCGCCCUUACGGCCAACGCACUCAAGGGCGACAGGGAGCAGUGCCUCGCUGCCGGCAUGACAGGUGAGGGUGUGAGAGGUGAGGGUGUGAGAGGUGAGAGAAUGACAGGUGAGGGUGUGAAAGACUACAUGUCCAAGCCUGUCAGCAAGGCCGCUCUGGAACGGGUUCUCAGGCAAUACCUGGACAAGGCAUCAACUGAGGGAGGCGUGAAAUGA